GAUCGCUGGCACAUUACGGAUCUGAUAAUGGCAGCACUCUUUGGGAUUUUCUUCUCGGCCACGCUCAGUUUACGUCUACCUCCCGCGCUCUCUAGUACUCCUACAAACCACGCAGUAGCAUCGUGAUUCUUGAUAGUUCACAGAAAGACAUGGCUGGCGACGCGUUAUGGCACGGGCUAGAGGGCGCGGCGACGGUGGCGCAGUUGGUCGGGGUGGACGCCGGCGGGCUCAUCUCCAAGAUCACGCAGGCGGCGAUUACGGCGCACCAGAACAAGGUGGAGUGCGGCCACCUGGCGGGCCGGGUCCAGAUGAUCGCGGAGCUGCUGCCGCUCGUGCGGGAUCCGGAGGCGAUGCGGCCGCUGGCCGGACUUGACGGCGCACUCAGGGAGGCGCACGACCUCGUCAUGUCCUGCCAGGGGCGAGGCCGGACCUACCGCUUCUUCACGGCCAGCAGGCAGGCCGAGCGGUUCAGGAGCGUCCAGAGCAGGAUCGACUCCUUCCUCGCCGUCUUCCCCGUGAUCAGCCAUAUCGGCAUAACGCGCCGCCUGGAUGGAACGGGCAACGACUCGGUUCUCAGUCGCGGCCACUCCUCCCAGCACGCAGUUUCUCAGGAGGGACCUGAGGUGUUCACGCUGGCGGAGAUCACGGCGGCGACCAAAAACUUCGGCGUCGUCCUCGGCCACGGCGACUCCGGAACGGUGUACAAGGGCAAGCUCCGCGACGGGCGGGAGGUGGCCAUCAAGCGCCUCAGGGACGGGCUGCGAAGCGCCGAGGACACGUUCGGCACGGAGCUCGCCAUCCUCCACCCGGUCAGCCACGAACACAUCGUCCGUCUCCUGGGCUCCUGCGCCGAGCAGGAAGAACGCCUGCUCGUCUACGAGCACAUGGACAACGGCACGCUCAGAGACCACCUGGACGCGUCCCCGGACCUUGGGGCGGCGUCCUGGAACUGGAAAGCGCGCGUCGGUGUACUGCUGGGCGCGGCGCGCGCAAUCUACCACCUGCACUGCCGCGCCUGUCCGCUGCUCAUCCACUGCAACGUCACCUCGUCCAACAUCCUCCUCGACCGGAGCUGGACGCCGCGCCUGUCCGGCUUCGGCGCGUCGGUCUGGCGGGCGCCGGACGUGGAUUCCCAGGACGUGGACGUCGUCCAGACGUACGGGUACGGUGACCCGGAGUACUGCAGCACGGGCCGUCUGAAACCGGCGACCGACCUGUACAGCCUCGGCGUGGUAAUGCUCGAGGUGUUGACCGGGAACCAGCCGGCGGUACCUGCGUGGGAUGAGACGAAGAAGACGAUGGUCGAUACGACGUUGGUGUCUUGGGCGCUACCGAGCAUUGAGGCUGGGCAACUCGGUGAAGUGCUUGACAGGCGUCCGGCGUCGGCGCCAACUCCGCGGCAACGUGAGGCGCUGCAGCUCGUAGGGAGCACGGCGGCAAGCUGUUUGCGGCUGCACGGGGAUAACCGGCCGGACAUACGGGACGUCGUGGCAAAUCUCGAGAAGGCACUCCAGAUCAUUUGCAGUGAUACGCUUGGUCGAUUUGGAAGAUGACUUGCUAUUAUGCUAGUAGCAUCAUAGAUUCAUAGUACGUGUUCUUCGUAGCAAUGUGUCAGUGUGUGGGGUUGUGGUGACUCAUUUCUCCUCCUUUGUAAUUAUUCAGUCUAAACAGACAUGGAGGCAAAUAUGCAUCGAUUUUCCUAUAGGUUUAUAUAUUAUUAUUUUUUAAGUA